AUGAGUGCGAUUUACAAGUUAUCGAUACAGGGUGUAAGAUCUUUUGAUUCUAAUGAACGUGAGACUAUUGAAUUUGGAAGUCCCUUAACACUAAUAGUGGGAUCUAAUGGUACUGGGAAAACUACUGUAAUAGAAUGUUUAAAGUAUGCAACGACUGGUGAUUUUCCACCAAACAGUAAAGGUGGGGCUUUUGUCCAUGAUCCAAAGAUCAUUGGAGAAAAAGAUAUAAGAGCUCAGGUAAAACUAGCUUUCGUUAGUGCAAACGGUUUGAAUAUGAUUGUUACAAGAAAUAUGCAAUUAUUGGUUAAGAGAAGUACACAAACAUUUAAGACUUUGGAGGGUCAAUUAGUAGCUAUCAAUAAAGCUGGCGACAGAACUACGCUAAAUACGAGAUCCACCGACUUAGAUGCCCAGGUUCCACAAUAUAUGGGGGUCCCGAAGGCUAUUCUUGAUUAUGUGAUAUUUUGCCAUCAGGAAGAUAGCUUAUGGCCCCUAAGUGAACCAGCAAACUUGAAAAAGAAGUUUGAUGAGAUAUUCCAAGCAAUGAAAUUUACGAAGGCGUUAGAUUCUUUAAAAGCUAUUAAGAAAGAUAUGAAUGUUGACAUUAAAUUAUUAAAACAAUCUGUAGAACAUUUAAAAGUUGAUAAAGAUAGAGCCAAUGCAAUCAAAUUAAAUAUUUCACGUCUACAAGAAAAAAAUCAAGAAUAUCAAGAUCAAGUUAAAGACAUUGAAGUGAAAAUAAAGAAGGUCACUGAAGAGUCUGACAUUCUGUUUAAAUCAAAUCAGGAUUUUCAAAAAGUCCUUUCCAAACUAGAAAGCUUAAAGAGAAUGGAAGAAUCAACAUCUGAACAGAUUGGUAGGUUAAAAUCUUCUUUAGAGAUUAUUCACCUUCCAAAAGAAGAACUACAAAAUAUGUUGGAUAAUUUUUCAGAAACAUUAUUACAAAAUGAAAGGCAAAUCGAUGAAAUUGUUAACCAUAUUAAUAGCUUGAAAACCCAGUCCAAUGAAAUACAAACAAAAUGUAAUCAAUUAAUUAGAAGACAAGGGGAGUUAAAAGCACAGGAAGGUGCUCAUGAGCAAAAUAUAAUACAAAUUGAAUCAUUGAAAAAAAUUAUCUUUGAUAACUACGGUUUAGCUGAUUCCAAUGAUAAUGCCAAUUAUGAUAUAUUUUUGAAUACCUUGCUAGAAUACAAAAAUAAACUAAUGGAAAAUCUCAACAAUAUCACAACUACUGGCCAUAUAGAGGCAGAAAGAUAUAACAAAUUAUUAACAGAUAUUGCAAAAGAAACUAUGGUUGAAUCUCAUAAACUAGAAUAUGGUAAUAAUGAUAUUUUAAAAUUGGAAGAUAUACUUCAAAACUUAAAUAAUAAUUUGGAAAAUAUUAACAUAACUGAAGUAGAAUAUGAGAGGGAAAAAAAAGAUUUGCAAAAGUUUCAAGAUAAACUUAAAGAUUGGGAAAAUACAAACGUAAUAGUUGAUUUAACUCGUCAAAUCAAAGAUAAAAAUAUGAGCUUAAUUGAUAUUGAAAAUGAUUUGGAAAAGAUUCAGGAUCAAAUUUUAAAAACUAAUCAAAAAGCAGACUUAUUUGCCAAGUUAUCCUUUUAUAAAUCUAUCUUGAACGAAAAGAACAAAAAUUUGAAUUAUUUAAAUGAAAAACUCUCCUCGGACCUCAAAGUAAAGUCUUGGGAUAUUGACUUGGAAAAUGAACCUGAUUUAAACUUCAAAAAAUUUUACAUCAAUCUACAAAAAAAUAUUGGCCUAACAACCAGAGAUUCAAAUAAGCUAACGAAAGCAGUUACAGAAGCCUCCCUAAAUUUGAGAAAUGCUAGACAGGAAUAUGAAAAUUAUGAAAAAUCUAUAUCAGAGAUUACAAAACAAUUAGAAGAAACAUUACCUGAAGACUGCACUAUUGAGGAUUAUGAUGAACUACUAGAGGAAGCUGAGAUUUCAUAUCGAACUUCAUUAGAGAAUCUGAAAAUGCAUCAAACAACACUCGCAUUUAAUAAAAAGGCCUUAGAAGUUGCACAAAAUGAUGAUUGCUGUUAUCUUUGUUCCAGGAAGUUUGAAGAUGCUACAUUUAGAAGUAAAAUUCUAGAUGAACUAAUCCUCAAAACAGAUGCUAAGUUUGAGAUAUCUUUAAAGGAAACCGUUGAGAAUGAAAAAGAAUAUUUAGAGAUACUGAGAUCGCUUGAAAAAGAUAUUUUAUCCUUAAAAAUUUCAAAGACAAAGUAUAAUGAUAUAAAUAUUUCUUUAACUAAGCUAGAAACAGAAGAAAAUGAGGCUAAGAAGAAAUUAGAUGAUUUUGAGAAAUCACUCACUGAUCUAAAAUCUGAAAGAGAUUAUGCGGAAAAUACAAUUCGUCCAAUAAUUGAAUCCAAAUUAAGAUUACAAAAUGAAAUUAAGCGAUCAGAGCAUGAUGUCAGUCAAAUAAGUGAUGAAUUAAUGAUUUAUGGGACAUCAUCCGGUAAUGUACAAACAGUUGAUGAACUAAAAGAAAAUCAAAGACUGAAAAAUGAACAACUAAAGAAUACAAGAAAAGAAAUUAACAGUCUUCAAGAAGAAAAAGAAACUAAAACAUCUGAAUAUUCUAAUCUAUUAAACUUAAUUAAGGACCGUACCUACAAAAUUGAUUCAAUAGAAAAGCAUAUUUCACAAAAGGAAAGAAUCCUAGAAGAUAUUAAUAAGAAAGAGAAAGAUAAGCAAAAUAUUAAAUUAUCUAUGGAAAAAGCUAAAGCAGCUUUAAAAAAUUUAAAAGAAAGAAAAAAAGCUACUGAGGAAAAAAGUUUAUCAAUAACUUCCAAUAAUGAAAAUAAGAUUAAACAAAUGCAAGAUGAAUUAAAUUCAUUAACUCGUUAUGUUGAUAAAUUUUCUGAUUUAGCUAAACAAAUAUCCAUUUUCACCUCGUCGAAGGAUGAAAUGAAACAUUGCACCGAUGAAUUAAGAGAGUAUCAAGCACAGUUAGAAAACCUCUCUAAAGAUAUAGAUAUUCGCAGUGCUGAUUUGGAUCGUAAAAAGCAAACGUUAAAUGAUUCAAAUAAUGAGAGAAAAAAUCUAAAACAAAAUAUUGAAUUACUUAAUUUACAGUUUGAUAUCAAUACUAUCAGGCGAGAGAUAAACGAAUUGAAUUUACAAAAUGCAGAGGCUGAAAGAGAUAAAUAUCAACAGGAAUCUGCAAGAUUAAGGUCUUUAUUUGAACAAUUAAGUGCUGAAAAUGCUGGUAAAAUUGGAGAAAUGAAACAAUUACAAAAUCAAAUAACGACUUUAUCGCAGCAGUUAAGAGUUGAUUACAAACAUGUUAAUGAUAAAUAUCACACUGAAUGGGUUCAAUUAAAAACCAAAUUAUUUGUAAAUGAUGAUAUUGAUACAUAUUCUUUAGCUUUAGAUACAGCUAUUAUGAAAUACCAUAGUUUGAAAAUGGAAGACAUUAAUACAACAAUUGAUGAAUUAUGGAAAAGAACAUACAGUGGUACAGAUGUUGACUCUAUUAAGAUUCGAUCUGAUGAAGUGAAGAGCACUCAAAAGGGUAAGUCGUAUAAUUACAGAGUUGUUAUGUACAAGCAGGAUGCCGAGUUAGAUAUGCGUGGUAGAUGUUCUGCAGGCCAAAAGGUUCUGGCAUCAAUUAUUAUAAGACUCGCAUUGUCGGAAACUUUUGGUAUUAAUUGUGGUGUCAUCGCUUUGGAUGAACCUACAACUAAUUUAGAUGAGGAAAAUAUCGAAAGUUUAGCAAGAUCAUUACAUAACAUCAUUCAAAUACGAAAAAAUCAAAAAAAAUUUUACACGUUAAUAGUAAUCACCCAUGAUGAGAAAUUUUUGAAGCACAUGGAUGCAGCCCAAUUUACUGAUCAUUUUUUUAAAAUCAAGCGAGAUGCAAGACAGAAAUCUUUAAUCGAAUGGGUUGAUAUCAACAAAGUUGUUGAUGAGUAA